GACCUGCUGCUGGCGCUGUGCUGCAUGCCCUUCACCCUCGUGCCCAGCCUCAUGGGCACCUUCGUCUUCGGCCCCGCCGUCUGCAAGCUCGUGGCCUAUCUCAUGAGCAUCUCCGUCAGCGUCUCCACCUUCAGCCUGGUGGCGAUCGCCAUCGAGCGGUACAGCGCCAUCUGCAACCCGCUGCAGUCCCGCGUGUGGCAAACCCGCUCCCACGCCUACCGGGUCAUCGCCAGCACCUGGCUGCUGUCCCUGCUACUUAUGCUGCCCUACGCCAUCUACAGCACCACGGUGCCCACCCGGCCCGGGCUCGCCCAGUGCCAGCACCGCUGGCCCAGCCAGCCCUUCAAACAGGCCUG